AUUGCGUGGGCCGAUGGCUGCAAACUUAAGCUAUGAUAAAAUGUCUUCACCGCAGUAACGUCGAAAACUAGGACUUCUUAACAAGAUUUAGGGUUUUGGUAACUUGAUCUCUCCACCUUUCUCUGUUCUUGAAAUCACAACAAGCUUCAAGCUGAUAUCAGAAUGGCGGUCGAUGGAAAUUCGUUCGAAGUCGCUCCCGAGACAGAGGCAUUUCUUUGUGAGCGAUUAUUGGACCAAACGCAGCCAAUUUCGGAGCGGUUUAGAGUCCUAUUCUCCCUCCGGAAUCUUCGAGGCCCUGCCCCUCGCAAUGCUCUGAUCCUGGCAACAAAAGAUUCUUCAAACCUAUUAGCACAUGAGGCUGCCUUUGCUUUGGGUCAAAUGCAAGAUGCUGAUGCUAUUCCUGCUUUGAAGGUUGUUCUUAAUGAUCUUUCUUUGCAUCCUAUUGUACGCCAUGAGGCUGCAGAAGCUCUUGGUGCCAUUGGUUUAGAGAGUAAUAUUCCUCUUCUGAGGGACAGUUUGGAUUCAGAUCCAGCAGAAGAGGUUAGAGAGACAUGUGAGUUGGCUCUUGCUCGAAUUCAGGAGCUUAAAAAUGUUGGUGACACCCACACCCAUCAGUCACCAUUUCUUUCUGUUGAUCCAGCUGCACCUGCUUCUUGCUCUUCUGUACAUGAUCUAAGGGAAGUGAUUUUAGAUGAAGAAAAGGGGAUGUACGAGAGGUAUUCAGCUCUUUUCGGACUCCGGAAUCAUGGAGGUGAAGAAGCAGUUGCUGCUAUAGUAGAAUCUUUGAAUUCAAAAAGUGCUUUAUUGCGACAUGAGGUUGCGUAUGUGUUGGGGCAAUUGCAAAACAAAUAUGCUUCAGAUGCGCUCUCCAGGGUACUUAAGGAUGUGAAUGAGCAUCCUAUGGUCAGACAUGAAGCAGCUGAGGCCCUUGGCUCAAUCGCAGAUGAGGAGUGUGUCUCUCUGCUUGAGGAAUUUUCCAAGGAUCCAGAGCCCAUUGUUUCACAGAGCUGUGAAGUUGCUUUAAGCAUGCUGGAAUUUGAACGUUCUGGCAAAUCAUUUGAGUACCUGUUUAUGCAGGCACCUCAAUUGCAGGAGGCAGCAUAAUGAUUGAUUGUAGUUUUGCUGAGAUAUGUAUUGUCAUCAUUGAGCUAUAUAAUUGGUAGAAAUUAUGAGUACCACCUUCCUUAUAUCGGUAAAAGCAGCAACAUAACUUUAGUGUACGAUUGAUUAAGAACAUAAAAUUUGGGAUAAAACAAAAAUAAGGAGAAGAAAGCUCUAAAAUUCAAGCAAAAAAGGAGCACAAUACGUCCACUACCACCCUUGGAUACACCGGUCCAUGCCUGUUCGCUGGGGCCUGGGAGCCUGCGACUUGGGCCUGUCCAGUCCAGUCAAUGUUCUAUUUUUAUUAUUUGUAUUUUUCCAAAUUUCAAGCUUUUAAUUAAUGUUUAAUCACUUUUACUUCAUACUUAUUUUUAAAAAAUGUUAUUUACUUUUAAGAAACCUUUGAUUUUUUUGGAUCAUUUAUCUUGAAAAAUCAUUGUUCUAAAAAAAUGCAUCAUCAUAGCAACAAGACACGACUUCGACCUUCCAAAACCCCAAAGAUGGUAUUGUUAGGAGUCACACAACAACUCAAGAUAAG